UUCGGGUAUGGACGUAUUUAUUAUUAUCCUCUUUGCACAGAUAUUAUAUUCAUUUGGAUAUGACGAUUUAUCAAAGGAUCAGUAUGCAGUACAAUCAACAACUCCAGUUUGUGUCCCGCAAUCAAACUGUGUAGCAGGCAAUGCAGUUGACGGAAUCUACAGCACGUGUAUGAGGGCAGCAGCCAUUGGUAGAACUACCCCGGACAAGACAGUGUGGUGGUCUGUGGAUCUUGGCAAUAUACACAGCAUAUACAGCGUUAGGAUACUGUUUAAAGACUAUGGAUCUCAAUAUGAGAAGAGGCAACAGGGCCGUUUUGCAGGGUUUUCUCUGUAUUUAUCCGAGGCUGGUGUACGAGACAGUGACGCCCGUUGCUACGUGGACGGACCAGAGUUGCCUCCCUUAAACUUUACAACAACUUGUGUGGGAUACGGACGUUACCUUACCUUUUAUAACGAACGACAACCCGGAAAAGAAUAUCCUACAGGAUACGAGACAACAACUGUUUACACUGAACUGUGUGAAAUUAUUGUCAAAGGCUGUCACAAACCGGGUGUUUAUGGAAGCAGUUGUAACAUCCCAUGUCCAGAGAACUGCCAGGAUAAGAUCUGUAACAUCGUCAAUGGAACUUGUUUUGGAUGCUUGUCUGGAUGGACAGGAGCCUUAUGUGAAAAUAAUUGUCAACAAGGGUGGUACGGUCAGGAUUGUAAGAACCAGUGUUCAGGUUAUUGCAGGGGAAAGGCUACUUGCAAUCACGUGAGUGGUAACUGUGAUAAUGGUUGUGCUGCAGGAUGGAUGAGCAGUAAAUGUGAUAAGCAAUGCAUUGCUGGAACGUAUGGCUCUGACUGCAUCUAUAAUUGUAGUGGUCACUGUCAGAAUGACGUCAUAUGUAACAGAGAAACUGGACAUUGUGAUAAGGGUUGUAAACCAGGGUACACAGGAUAUUUUUGUAAUGAGUUGUGUUCACCUGGACGUUUCGGAGACCGAUGCGAAGAACGCUGUAGUGGGCACUGUUUAAACGACAAAGUUUGUCACCACGUGGUUGGAAUCUGUACAGAUGGCUGUAAGGAUGGAUACAUCGGGAAAUGGUGUAAUACAUCAUGUGAUCUUGGAUUUUUUGGAACAAAUUGUUCUGGUGCUUGCCCUGAAAAUUGUAUUGAUACAUGUCGACACACUGACGGAUUUUGUGAAUGUCCUGCUGGAUAUAAGGGCCUUAACUGCAACAUCAGUAUUGGUUCUGCUUUUCUUUCUUCUGAUGACAUUUCAUCGGACACAUUAGCAGCAGGUGGCGCUGUCGGUGGAUGUUCAGUUGUGAUUGUCCUAGCUGUGUUGGCUGUUUUAUUCUUAAGAUUGAGGAGAAGAAAGUCUGCAAGAUCCGAUGUGAAAGAAACUAUUAUUCGAAACAAGGACUCCCCUCCGAUGGAAAUGAAAACUAAAGAAUCCUUACCAAAACCAACCAACAAUCAACGGAAUGAAAAUGUGAACAACGUGGACCCCCCUAUCAGUGAUGUCAUUCAAACUGUAAAGAGAGGUCGUCCAACUAACAAAACCAUCCCAGUGAAGAACCUACAGGCCAUCAUAGAUAAGAUGUCUUUGGGAGAAAAUACUGGCUUCAAACAUGAAUAUCACGAAAUCCCAAGAGGCGAACUUCAUCCCUGUGAGGAAGCCAAGAAGCCGGAAAACAAACCGAAAAAUAGAUACACAACAACGUUUCCGUAUGACCAUUCUCGAGUUAUUUUGAAAACUACGUCCACAAACGAUGGAGGUUAUAUCAAUGCCAACUAUAUCGAAGAUGCAGGGGGUAAGCGGGCCUAUAUCGCAACUCAAGGUCCCAAACCAAAGACAAUAACUGAUUUCUGGAGAAUGGUUUGGCAAGAGGGUGUUUCCGUCAUUGUCUGUUUAACGAAUCUAAAGGAGGGUGCAAAGAACAAAUGUGUCCUAUACUGGCCAGGCAUCAACGAUAAAAUCCAGGAUGGAGACCUCAAUAUUAGAAACAUGGGAGAGAAAGAUUAUGCUAAUUGUACGAUAAGGCAGUUCAAAUUCUACAACGGCAAGGAACAGAGAGACCGUGAGGUAGUGAUGUUUCAUUACACAAGAUGGCCGGACCAUGGAGUGCCGGAUCCACUCAGUCUCGUUAUCUUCCAUCGUCACGUGAUGACAACAUCCUCAUCAUAUUCCGGAGAAUGCACAGUCGUACACUGCAGCGCAGGCAUUGGUAGAACGGGGACAUAUAUUGCUCUGGAUGCCCUCUAUCGGGAAGGUUGCAGGAAGGGUAGGAUAAACGUACCAAUGUACGUCAGAACCAUGAGGAAGGACAGAAUGAACAUGAUUCAGGGCGAAGACCAGUACAAAACUGUCUAUCUUGCAUUGUUUGAAUCCUUCCGUGGAAAAUCUAGAUGCUUGACAACAGAACAGUUUUUACAAGAAUGUGGAGAAGAAUCGUGUUAUGUGAAUGCUGGAGACGUCACUAAGAAGUCCCCAAGGUGUUCUGAAUUUGAGGAGUUACUCUCACUUCGGAAGGAAUACUUACAGAAGGAUUAUGAGUCUGGCCGUGCGAAUAUAACCGCCAACUACACCAACAGUGUUCUACCAGUGGAGAGAUUUAUGUGCCGUUUGUCCUACUCAAAGGAACGAAGUACAUAUUACAAUGCUGUUUUACAUCAGACUUUUACCGCUAACGACCUUCUCAUUAGUGCUCAGUAUCCACUGCCUGACUACACAGAAGAUUUUCUGAGACUCGUGAAAGAUUUUGAUGCCCGUGUAGUGGUAUUCAUGUGUCCUUUGAAAGACCUUAAAUCUUCAUCCCGUUGGUUUACAUCCAAAACUGACAACAAGAUGAUUGGAAACUUUACAGCGAGACUGAAAACAUCAACAAAUUCAGGCAAUGUCUCUACAACAAAGAUAAUCCUAGAAUCCAAAGGAAGUUCUGAGAUACAAAUAACAGUGCUAGAAUGCAACACCCGGAAUGAAACAGAAUCAGUUGUAAACAAGAGAGCCUUACUAGACAUGGUCAAAGAAGCAAAACGUGAACAAACGAAGCAGGAUGGAAGAAUUCUUAUUUUGUCCAGCGACGGGGCCACGCGUUGUGGAUCAUUCUGUGUUGUCUAUAACGCUCUUGAGCAGAUCACCAUGGACAAAGAAGUGGACAUCUUCACCAUCACACGUCAGCUUCAAGUUCGCAGAACUGAGUUUCUGUCUACUUUGGAUGAAUACCAGCUGUGCCAUGAUGUUGUUAGAGAAUAUUUGCAAAAUGACAGUGUGUACGCAAAUUGUUAAGAACGCUUAUAGAUGGACUAUACAAUAUAUUCUUGUUCAUUUUUCGGAUAAAAGAAUUAUGAGGCUACGCAGUUUCAGUUUUUUAUACCAAGAGAUAGUUCAUUAAAUCCAACUCCUUCGCCUGUAUAGCUUACAGAGGAAAUUAUCAACACAUUAUUUUAGUAAACUAGUAUUAAUGAUAUUAUGCGUGAUGCAUGCACAUAGUCUGAAUUUACUAGACUGUUGUUUAGAGAUAAAAUGUAUCUUCGUCAAGACAACUUAUUCAUGCUUAAAAGAAAACACUAUUUGUUAAUCAAAACUGGAAACUGGUUUCAAUUUACUUUCAAUUUGUAUUUACAACUGAUAACGACUUUUAAAUGUUUUAAGUGAGUUACAUUUGAUUCUGAAUUUUAAUUAUUUAUUCAAGGUGUAGUAAGAAAUAGUUACACUGGUCAACAAUUGAAAUUUGUUAGUAGAACAAAAACUCAAAAGCAUAGCAUUCCUCUUGCAAUCUCCUCAUUAGGUAUGAUUUAACAUGUCAAAUUUAAUUCCUUUUUGGAAUGUUUACAUGUUAUUAGUCGAUGUUUGAUAAAAACAAUUAAGAUUUGUAUUUUCCAAAAAGGAUUAGAUGCUUAGUCAUAUAUUAUUCUAUAUUUUGGAAGAAAAUAUUAUUGAACGCAAUGUUUCCCCACAUUUUUUUCUUUAUAAAUUAUACUUAGAUAUGGCGGAAAGAUGUUUUUCAUAUAUCGAUGUGUAUAAAAGAUGUUGAAUCGAAAAUGUUAAAUUGAUCAUGACUGUGUUUUCUUAACACUUUUCAAUGUAAACGUUAACAAUUCUGAGAAGGAUUACAUGAGCUGAUCUAGAAUAUUUUGCAAUGAGGGGAUAGUGACAGAGAAGCAUACCCCUUCCAAAAACUAACGUGUACCAAUGUUUUGUCCGUUUAACGUGUCCAAAAAUGGGUUUUGCAGCCUCUACAGUCCCUCCAGAUCCGAUUAACAUUUUAAUCACUGCAUAGCAUGCAUUUUUAUUUUUUAUAUCUUUAAUUCUAAAUCAAAUAUGACAUUUAUCACCAUUGUAUUACUGAUAAUAGUCAAAAUAUAUUCCUAAUUUCGCAUUCGGUCGCUGCCUGUAUCCCCUUAGGAUCUUGUACUGGAGAUGGGAUGAUAAUUAGAUAGUGAAUAAAUACUGUGGAAGUG